AUGUCUCCUAAGAUGUCCCUCUCAGGCCAACCGACGCUCAUUAGGACGCACAAUCAGGCUGCGAGAAGCCCAGGCUCACCGAGCGUCAACUGUCCCGCACUGGCCAAAGCAGGGAUCCCCACCGUCGCGAUUUACAGCGAUGCGGACAGCGCGUCGCGCCACGUGCUGCUCUCCGACGAGGCCGUGCGCGUGGGCCCCACGCCGCCGUCGCAGAGCUACCUGAACGCGGAAGCCAUCCUGGACGCCGCCCGCGCCACCGGCGCCACCGCCAUCCACCCCGGCUACGGCUUCCUGUCCGAGAACCACGCCUUCGCGGGCGCCUGCCGGGAGCGGGGUAUCGCGUUCGUGGGGCCACCGGCGGAGGCCAUACGGCUUAUGGGAGACAAGGCGGAGUCCAAGAAGUUGAUGAGGGCAGCGGGCGUGCCUGUGGUGCCAGGAUAUGAGGGGAAUGAGCAAUCUGCUGACGGCCUUGAGGAGGCUGCUGCCAAAAUUGGUUUCCCGCUGUUGGUGAAGGCAGUCAUGGGGGGUGGAGGGAAGGGCAUGAAACUGGUCAGCCAUCAGAGUGAGUUCAAGGAUGCAUUGACGUCUGCCCAAAGAGAGGCUAGGGAGGCCUUUGGGGAUGAACGUGUCAUCCUGGAGCGCUUCAUCACCAGUCCCAGGCACAUUGAAGUGCAGGUGUUCUGCGACGCUCAUGGCAAUGCAGUGCACUUGUUUGAGCGUGACUGCAGUAUCCAACGCCGCCACCAAAAAGUUCUGGAGGAGGCACCAGCCACGAACAUCUCUGAGAAGGUGCGGGCGACGCUGGGCCAGACGGCGGUGCAGGCUGCACAGGCGGUGGGCUACGUCAAUGCUGGCACCGUUGAGUUCAUCAUGGACAAGGCCACGCAAGAGUUCUAUUUCAUGGAGAUGAACACGAGGUUGCAGGUGGAGCAUCCUGUCACUGAGUGGCUCUGCGGAAUAGACUUGGUGGAGUGGCAGCUGCGGGCGGCGGCCGGUGAGAGCCUGCCUGCAAGUCAGGAGGACAUCCAGGCGAAGGGCCACAUGAUUGAGGCGCGCCUGUACGCAGAGGUCCCCCACCAAGAGUUCCUGCCAGGCACGGGCCGGGUAUUGCGAUGGCGAUUGCCCCCUGAUGCCAUCCAGUACGCCAUCCCGUCGGGGCCCAGCGGCGUCCGUGUGGACAGCGGGAUUCAGGAGGGCGACGAAGUGGGCGUCAACUACGACCCGCUCAUUGCAAAAGUCAUCGCUGGUGGGGAGACCCGACCCGACGCAUGCAGCACCCUCUGCAAGGCCCUUGAAGAGCUGCAGGUCUGCGGUCUUCCGACCAAUCUAGCUUUCCUACAACGCGCCCUGGGCCAUAGGGAGUUCGCGGAUGGGAAUCUGGACACAGGUUUCAUAGACAGACACAAGGAAGAAUUGCUGGCGCCAAGGCGACACCCACCCAAGAUGCUCGCGCUCGCUGCCGUCGCCAGGCACAAAUUGGCCUCGGCGCUCAACUCCCUUUCCUCACCCGCCCUCCAUCCCUGGGACACGCCAGACUACCGCCGCUUGAACCACAUCGAAGAGCAGGCGUUCGGCUUCAAGGUGCCGGGAGGGGGCGAGGAGACAGUCCGGAUAAAAUUCGUGUCCGAAAAUGUGUACGAGGCCAGGGUCGACCCCCCGUCUGGAUCGCCACUCGUUGUGACAGAGGCCUCUCUUGACUCGGACGGCAGAUUCACCGCCAAGGUGGGCUCUGUGCCCGUGGCUGCUGACGUCUUUUCCUUCACCAAAUCUCGGAAAGAGGUCAUGCACGUGUGGUCCGAAAUUGGCAACGCCGAUUUGGAGUGGGACCGCCCUGGGCAUAGAGCGGAAGCAGGAGGCGUCUCUGAAGUUGGAACGGGCCAAAUUCUCGCUCCCAUGCCCGGAAAAAUCGUCAAGGUGCCAGUAGAAGCUGGCCAAAAGGUGGAGGCAGGCCAGGCGCUGGUAGUGCUGGAGGCCAUGAAGAUGAACCACACAAUGCACGCUCCCGCGCCCGGCGUGGUGGGGCCCGUGCUCGUGCGCCCAGGCAGACAAGUCGAGGAGGGGCAGGUGCUACUGAGCAUUCUGGCGGCGAACGAGGGCAGCGAGGAGGAGGGGGCCAGGGAUGAGGCAGCCUAG